CUGCCGGUAUUUUAAAAACUCCCACAAGAGUGACGAUUUACAGUUUCCACCGGCGACGGAAUCCCCCACACAUUUUGUUAAAUUAAUUCUAAGAUUUAUGAGUCUAUGACUACAUGUUGACCACGCCACCUAACUCUGGUUAGUCCCCACUCUCUCUCUCCUCUCUCUCGCUCUCUACACUCUCUUCCAAUCGCGAUUUCUCAUUGGUGAAGCUUUUCGACCGUCGCGGUUUCCGUCGUUUAACUGCCGCCCGCCGCGCAGUUGCAUUUCUGCAAUGUUGAGAAGAAGCGCGUCCUCCUCCUCGUUCGGCUUCCUCGCCGUUGUCGUCCCUGCUCUGCUGCUUCUGAGCUCAGAUUUGCUUUUCUCACUCUCGCUCGCUGACCCGCUCGCUGCUGCUGACGACUCGGUCACUGAAGCAGAUCUCCUCCUCAACGCCAACGCCACCGAGUCCAAUGUCUCGCUCUCUAAGCCCAAAGAAGGAAGCUUUGCGGAUAUGAUCGAUAAAGCUCUGGAGAACGAGUUCAAAGAGAAUGAUCAGAACGAAGCUACUGAUCCUGGAAGUUUCAACAACAGCGUAGCCGGCCAGCAGGCAGUUUUGGAAACAGUUGCGAGAGUAAAGUCGAAGAAAAAUGAGACGAAAGAAGAAAAGUCGUUUCAACUACAUGAUGUUUUCAAUCUGGAUAAUGAUAAUAGAGGUGAAGAUACACCAACGCUGAUUGAUCGCAAGGACAAUGUCUUCAUUAUAUCAAAUUUUAAAUCAAAAUAUCCAGUGCUGCAACUAGACUUGAGAUUAAUAUCAGAUUUGGUGGUCGUUAUUGUAUCUGCAACCUGUGGUGGCAUUGCCUUUGCUUGCGCUGGACAACCGGUUAUUAGUGGAUAUUUGCUAGCUGGAUCUGUUAUUGGACCUGGAGGUUUCAACUUCGUCAGUGAAAUGGUUCAAGUUGAAACUGUGGCUCAGUUUGGGGUAAUCUUUCUUCUUUUCGCUCUGGGCCUGGAGUUCUCCACAGCAAAGCUUCGAGUUGUUCGAGCAGUUGCUGUUCCAGGAGGGCUGCUACAAAUCUUCCUAUUUAUGUGCCUGUGUGGUAUUACCGCCUCAUUAUGUGGUGGUAAAGUUUCUGAGGGGAUAUUUGUUGGCGUGUUCCUUUCUAUGUCUUCAACAGCAGUGGUGUUAAAAUUUUUGAUGGAAAAGAACUCCACUAAUGCCCUUCAUGGCCAAGUCACCAUUGGCACCCUUAUUCUGCAGGAUUGUGCUGUGGGUUUGCUGUUUGCUUUGCUUCCAGUUCUGGGUGGGACUUCGGGUAUUCUUCAAGGAGUGAUAUCUAUGGCUAAGCUGAUGGUGACGUUGAUUACAUUUUUGGCUGUUCUUUCUAUUUCAUCUCGUACUUGUGUUCCUUGGUUACUUAAAUUGAUGAUAAGUUUAUCUUCACAGACCAAUGAACUCUACCAAUUGGCAUCAGUCGCUUUCUGCUUGCUUGUUGCCUGGUGUAGUGAUAAGCUGGGACUAAGUCUGGAACUGGGUUCCUUCGCUGCGGGAGUGAUAUCAACAACUGAUCUUGCACAACAUACUCUAGAACAAAUUGAACCCAUCCGCAACCUUUUUGCUGCUCUUUUUCUUGCCAGCAUCGGGAUGCUAAUCCAUGUUCAAUUUCUCUGGAACCAUGUUGAUAUAUUACUAGCAUCUGUUAUAUUAGUUAUCAUCAUAAAAACAAUUAUUAUCACCAUGGUUGUCAAGGGAUUUGGUUACAACAACAAAACAUCAUUUCUUGUUGGAAUUUCUCUGGCACAGAUAGGCGAAUUUGCUUUUGUUCUUCUAAGUCGUGCCUCUAAUCUCCAUCUAGUCGAGGGGAAAUUAUAUCUGCUGCUUCUUGGAACCACAGCUCUUAGUCUGGUGACCACUCCUUUUCUAUUCAAGCUAAUUCCUGGUUUAGUGCAUCUUGGUGUGCUUUUAAGAUGGUUCCCUCCUGAUGGUGCUGUUGAGAUUGGUUUUAAAGGAGAUAACCUUCGCUCAGAUAGUGGCAAACGUGUCAUUUUGAUGGUCCGAGAAUCGCAUGAUUCGUGAUCUCUGUAUAAAGGAAAAACUGUAAAGGCAAUCUCCGGUUUACCCGCAAUGUUUUUACUCCAGCCGCAUUUGGGGAGUGGUUCCAGUGGAGUUGAUAAGGAGGAGGUAACUAUUUUCUUUACUUCUCAUACAAACCUACUUGGAGUAAUUUCCGUUUCACAUUACCGGCCUAAGUCAACAGUUCAAAUCGAGCCGAAGUAAUGGACAGAACAGAAAAGAGAAGAGACUAUCUAACUGCUGAAAGAAAUAACACAAUGAUGCUUUACCUUUAUAGUAUUCAUUCUUUCCCACUGUUAAUUCUUUUGGAGUUGUAACAUAAUUUUGUCUUGUAAUUUUGGAUACAUCAAGUAAUCUGUAUAUCAUACCUCCUUCCUUUGUCUAAAGCUUAAUUGUAAACAUUCACACUAAAUUAAAUGGGUUUUCGUUCCUUCUGGAAUUUCAAUUA